CAUGACUCACCAACAGCGCCCCACGCGACUUCACUGACUCACCCCGCUUCGAAAAAAGUACCCACCAACAUCUUCACUCAACCCCUCCUACAACGACUCCCUCGAUUUUCGCAACAGCAAAAAUGGCGCCCAAGCCCUGCGCCCUUUGCACCGUCAACCCUGCGGCUAUUGUGCGCCCGAAGGAUCGCUCAGCGCUCUGCAAGCCAUGCUUCUUCAACGUCUUCGAGACCGAAAUCCAUCACACAAUCACUAGCACCAACCUCUUCGCGCGUGGCGAACGCAUCGCCAUCGGCGCAUCAGGUGGCAAAGACAGCACCGUUCUGGCCUCCGUUCUCAAAACGCUUAACGAGCGCUACGACUAUGGGGUAGAGCUUAUAUUGCUGAGUAUAGAUGAGGGGAUCAAAGGGUACAGAGAUGACAGUCUGGAGACGGUGAAGAGGAAUGCGAAAGAAUAUGGGAUGGAACUGACGAUUCUGGGUUACAAGGAGCUGUAUGGGUGGACUAUGGAUCAGGUGGUAGAACAGGUAGGAAAGAAGGGGAACUGCACGUAUUGUGGAGUAUUCAGACGGCAGGCCCUAGAUAGAGGGGCGGCGAAAUUGGGUGUCAAACAUGUUGUCACUGGUCAUAACGCCGAUGAUGUUGCUGAAACUGUGCUCAUGAACUUACUCCGGGGUGAUCUCCCCCGACUCUCGCGGACUACCUCCAUCGUGACAUCUACGCCCUCUUCAGUAGCAUCUUCAUCUCCUACCGAUCCAGCAUCGCAUACAAAUAUCAAGCGCAGCAAGCCCCUAAAAUACGCAUACGAAAAAGAAAUCGUCCUCUACGCUCUCCACAAAAACCUCACCUACUUCAGUACGGAAUGCAUCUACUCCCCCGAAGCCUUUCGCGGCAGCGCACGAGCAUUGAUCAAAAAUCUCGAGCGCGUACGGCCUAGCGCUAUUCUUGACGUAGUCAGAAGUGGUGAAGACAUGGCAAAACUGUGCCCCGGGAGUGACGAGGGAUGCGGUGGCGCAUGCGGAAGCAGCACCAGUGCGAUACCUAUGGCUGAAGAGGAGGAAGGUGGGUGCGGAAGUUCCAACGGUAGGAACGCGGGUAGCGAAAUGGCCAAUAUGGAUCGCCAACUUGCCCAGAACGAAGCCGCGGUGGAAAACGAGCUCGAGGUGGAGAUAACAUUCCACGGGCGCGAUGGCACACAGCAGAAGAUCAAGAAACAACCCAAGAAAAUCAAAGGUCAGGCUGCUGCAUCAGUUCCUCGCAAGGCUGUGACAAAACAGGUCAUGGGUAAGUGCAAGAAGUGCGGAUACCUGUCUAGUCAAGAGGUGUGUAAAGCAUGCACGCUUCUUGAAGGCUUGAACAAGAACAGACCUAAGAACCACAUCGAGGUCGGUUAUGACGCAGAACCAGAAAACCAUGUGAGGGACUUAGCGGGUCAAGUCAAGGGCUUGGAAGUUGGUUCUGGGUGAGGAAUAGACCCAUGAUUGCACGACCUCGCAACCCAAACACCUCCGCCUGCACAAUUUCCACAGGCU